UGUCAAUUCCAACAUUCAGCUAGCUGCACUCACCGAGUCGCCAGUCGCCACCUUAAUUACACAAGCUCAGAGCAACGAGGCAGAUAACCAGACGCUUUCUCUCGAAGAUGAGCCAGGGGCAGCCCAGGAGGCCGGCGUCGUCCGAGCAGGCGCAGGGCGAGGACGGCGCGAUCAGGUACGGCGACGUGUUCCCGGCCGUGAGAGGCGGCCUCGCCAAGAAGCCCGUGGCGCCGCAGGACGCGGCGACGAUGCAGUCGGCGGAGACCCUCAUGUUCGGGGAGACGGUGAAGGGCGGGCCGGCCGCCGCGAUGCAGUCCGCCUCCAUGCGGAACGAGCGCAUGGGCGCCGUCGCCCACGACCAGGCCACGGACGCCACCGCCGAGCAGGGCGUCUCCGUGUCCGAGACCCGCGUCCCCGGCGGACGCAUCGUCACAGAGUUCGUCGCUGGACAGGCUGUGGGCCAGUACCUGGCGCCGGAUGAUGAUGCUCCCGCCGUUGGAGGUGGCGGCGGCGCAGGUGUGGCUGAUGGCACAAAGAUAACGAUCGGCGAGGCGCUGGAGGCGGCGGGUUACGCGGCGGGAAGCAGGCCGGUGGAGCUCAGCGACGCGGCAGCGAUCCAGGCGGCGGAAGUGAGGGCCACCGGGCUGGACGCCAAUAUCCCCGGUGGGUUAGCCGCAGAGGCGCAGUCCGCCGCGGACUCCAACGCCCUGGCCGCAAGCCACGAGGACAAGACCACUCUCGGCGACGUCCUCUCGGAUGCGACGAGGCUGCUGGUUGCGGACAAGGAGGUGGAGGUGGACGAUGCGGCGAGGGUGGCGAUGGCCGAGACGCGGAACAAGGAGGACGGGACGGCGAGGCCUGGAGGGGUGGCCGCGUCCAUGGCUACAGCCGCGCGGAUCAACAGCCAUAGUGGGACGCGUAUAUAGGGAGGAGCUGCCUGCGCGUUUAGCGUUCCCGUUUGCUGUGUCUCCCGAGUACGUAUGUACGUGUCGAGUCCUUAAUACUAGUAAUGUCUUAAUGCUGCUCGUAGUAGUCGAGGUCAGUUAAGUACUUCUGGUCCUGGUCAUAAAUCCGUGUCCGUUUACAAGUGUGCCGUAAACAUCUUCUGUACUUGUCUUAUCAGCAUGUAUGCAUAUCACUCCGUUAGGAUCAA